GCGGUGUCAGCAGCGGCAGCGGGGCACGGAGGAUGCGGCGGCGGUGGUGGCGGCAGCAUCUGGCGGAGGAGUGGGGAGCGAUGCGGUACUGCGCGGCGGGGCCUUGGUCACACAGCGGAGGCGCCCUCACCACCCUCCUGCUGACAGUGUACACGAUUCUGUCUAAGGUGCACUCUGAUCGGAAUGUUUAUCCUUCUGCUGGAGUUCUUUUUGUUCAUGUUUUGGAGAGAGAGUACUUUAAGGGGGAAUUUCCUCCGUAUCCAAAGCCUGGUGAAAUAAGUAAUGAUCCUAUAACAUUUAAUACCAAUUUAAUGGGUUACCCUGACAGACCUGGCUGGCUACGCUAUAUACAAAGGACACCAUACAGUGAUGGAGUGCUGUAUGGUUCACCAACUGUAGAGAAUGUGGGCAAACCAACCAUCAUUGAGAUCACUGCUUAUAACAGGCGUACCUUUGAGACAGCAAGACACAAUUUGAUCAUUAAUAUCAUGUCAGCAGAAGAUUUUCCUUUACCAUAUCAAGCGGAGUUCUUCAUAAGGAAUAUGAAUGUAGAAGAAAUGUUAGCAAGUGAAGUUCUUGGUGACUUUCUUGGAGCUGUGAAAAACGUGUGGCAGCCAGAACGCUUGAAUGCCAUAAACAUAACUUCAGCCCUCGACAGGGGAGGGAGAGUCCCCCUUCCUAUUAAUGACAUGAAAGAGGGUGUGUAUGUUAUGGUUGGGGCAGAUGUUCCAUUCUCUUCCUGCUUGAGGGAAGUGGAAAACCCACAAAAUCAGCUGAGAUGCAGCCAAGAAAUGGAGCCUGUAAUAACCUGUGAUAAAAAAUUCCGUACUCAGUUCCAUAUUGACUGGUGUAAAAUCUCUCUGGUUGACAAUACAAAACAGGUUUCCACCUUUCAGGAAGUGAUUCGUGGAGAAGGGAUUUUACCUGAUGGUGGGGAAUACAAGCCACCUUCUGACACACUGAAAAGCAGAGACUAUUACUCGGAUUUCCUAAUUACACUGGCAGUGCCCUCGGCAAUAGCACUGGUGCUUUUUCUAAUGCUUGCCUAUAUCAUGUGCUGCCGACGGGAAGGAGUGGAAAAGAGAAACAUGCAAACACCAGACAUCCAGCUGGUCCACCACAGUGCUAUACAGAAAUCAACCAAAGAGCUUCGUGACAUGUCCAAAAACAGAGAGAUAGCAUGGCCUCUGUCAACACUCCCUGUGUUUCACCCGGUCACUGGUGAGAUUGUACCUCCCCUACACACAGACAGCUAUGAUAACACCAGCAUGCCGCUGAUGCAAACGCAGCAGAACCUGCCACAUCAGACUCAGAUUCCACAGCAGCAGAGUGCAGGUAAAUGGUAUUCCUGAGGAAAGAAAACUGACAGAAGCAAUGAAUUUGUAAUCAGAGAAGGCAACACAUUGUCUUCUUUCCUUCUUUGUUCUGACUGAUGCAUGAGUUUUUCUGGUGUAUAUUGUGCAUGCCCUCAGUAUUAAGAUGAAUUCAGUGCCAGAGAGUACAGUCACUUCCAUAUAACUAAUGUACUGUAUCCUUUUGUACUUUGGACAUUUUUGACAAUUUGUAAACACUGAUAACUUUUUAUAUUUGCUACAUUCAGAAAAUAAUCUUUCAAAUAUAUGUAUUAAUAAAUAUCAAACUUUAUUCUGUCUUGUGACUUUCUCCUGAAAGUUUUAACAGGGAAAUCUAAAUUUCAUGAUAAGCAUUGGGUUCAAAGGGUUUCAGACUCUGUUCAAUGAGAUGAAAUAAUUGCCUUACCUUUGCACAUGAAAAGCAGUAAAGUAAAAGCAUGAAAACUUGUGCAAUAUGAUGAGGCUUCAGAAAACAGUAAUCAAGAUUAAUUAGGCAUUAACUGUUUAGAGAAUAUCUCAUGAGUAAAGUUAUUUUUUGAACAAACAAAAAAAUAAAAAAAAAAUCCCCCCUAGAAUUAUUCCUGUCAAAAAGCAGGUUUCUAUUCUUUUAUCAGAUAUGUACCCUAUUUGACAACUUGUGAGCAAUAAAACAUUUAAAAUCUGUCCAUUCAUUUACCUGGUUAUGUUAGAAGAAACUGUUACAAGGUACUGUAGCAGAAAUAGAAGUCUGCAGAUAAACAAUGAUAAAUUUUGUUAUGGUAUACAUGGACUUUUAACUCUCAAAAAAAAAAACCCUCUUCAAUUUUUGUGGUAUUCCUGAUGCCCCAAUGUUUUUUUGGUUUGGUUUGGUUUGGUUGUUUUUUGUUUUUUCUAUAUAUCCUCCACAUUCUCUGUUCUUUUUGGAGCGAAACUUUGUGGAAGAAAUUGCUGUCCAAAAAAAUCCAGGAUUAUUUUUAGCACCCUAAAAAGGAGUUGAAUAGCUGUACUGUCCUCGGAGGUGGUUACUUUGAGAGGCACUUGUCUGUGCAGCUGAAAGCUUAAUAACAUGAACUUUGUUGAGAGGACCUGAACUGAGGUUUCCUUCUUUUUCAACAGCUUCUCAAAGUUUAUCUCCUAACACUUUUUUGCAUAUUUCACUCACAUUUUCCUUGAUGCUUCCUUAAAUCCUCAAACACAAAAUAACUCAGAGCUUCUGAAAGAGAAAAUAUUACAGAAAAAAAGACAAAAGUGUCACCUUAAACCAGUAUGAGGCUGUGAGGUGAAACCACAAGAACUGCUGGUCUGAGCUGUUGCAGCUGGAGACCCUGAAAUCCCGUGUUCAUCAGGACAUGGCACUCCAAGCAGAAACCUAGGUCUGCUUUAAAGCUGCUAAAUGCUGGCUCCAUUUCCUAAGCUGAUGUUUAUGACAUCUCUGCUAAGAGAAAUUCUGACUAAUUUAGGAAUAGAAGACUGAGGCUUAAAAGGGACUGUCAAAUAAGUUUGAAGAAAACCCAAAGUAGUUAUGGGCUUUUCUCCCCCACCCCUUUCUUAUAACAGUUCUGCCCCUGUUCCUUCAAAACGCAAAGCCUUCUUUUUUUUUGCUUAAAAAUUAACAUAAUGAUGUGUUUAUAGGCUUGGAGCUGAAAGUAACACUUGGCCAGAGUUAAAACAAGUCUUGAACUGCUUUUUGGGCACAUUUUGUUCAACAUUAAACUACUGCAGCAGAGCAUAUAACCAGUGCUCAGUACACUGUACAUACUUGUCUAUUGUCCAGCCUUAAACGUCAGUUUCUGAGGCUGCCCUACAUGCCCAGCACAACCCACAGAAUAUUUUAUCAAAGGCAUCUAGAAAUAGUGCCAGUGGAUUUAUACCCUGACAAUUAGCUCAAGUUUCAGUCACACAACUUGAAAUAUCAAGCCACGUCUGAAACAAAACAGUUGGAAUAAAGAGGCAUUCCUGCUCCUUUUCAAAGUGGCUGCCAUCACAUCUACCUCACACCCAAAAGGUACCAAGGAGGAGCUUUCAUCAGUCUGUCAGCCUCCAAAGAGACCCCUCCACUUUCUUCCAGGUGGUUAUCUGUGAAAAGUGAAUUGGAAAACUGCACAUUGGGAUUUAUAGUAAAUUAAGAAACUUGUAAAUUAAAUUAAAUUUAAAAAUUAAGAAUUUACAGUAAAUUAAGAAAUUUACCCAAGCUGUGAAAAUUUGAGUACAGUCAGCAUUUGGUUUCUCUUAGUUUCUACUGCUGUUUUCAAGAGUAUUGAGCUGUCAGUGCUUUGAAACAGAAAUGAAUGGAAUAGAUUUUAAAUAAUCUUUUUUUAGUGCAAUAUAAGACAAAACUUUGUAAAGAGUAUUGGGUUUGAAUCAAUGAUUUCUGAUAACUUGAUGACAUGACAAUCAGUUAAAUACCAAUUGAGCUGCUCCCAUCUCAUUUGUACAACUGUGUAACAGUGCUGAUAUAUUUAAAGAAAUUUCUUAAACUGUAAUGUACGUGCAUAAAGAGUCACUUUGUACCAGUGGGUGCUCUACCUAUCCUGAAAAGAAUCUAAUAAUGUAAGUGACCUAGGUAUUAAGCACACCUGAAGUAUUUUAUGAUUGAAACCAUCAUUCAUUUGAUGUAAGGUUAAUAACCAGUUAUUUAUUUUUACUUAUUAAAACAAUUACUAUGGAAGCAUAGGUUUAUAAAGCUGCCUAAAGACACUUAAUGGCUUAAGAAUUAGCAAACCAGUAAAUUUACAGCCUCUUUUAAGAUGUACAGUAUGAACUGAUAUUGUAUUAAGUGACAGUUGCAACCAAAUUAAAUAGAAAGCACUACAGAUGUCCCUGUAAAUAUAUGCAAUGUAAAAUCUAAUAAAUAGGAAACCA